AUGAAGGUAGUAGGAUUGAUAUCUGGAGGGAAGGACUCGAUAUUCAACCUACAUCUAUGCAAGUAUCUAGGCCAUGAUGUGGUAUGUGUGGCUAAUCUACAUCCACCAAUAACACCACCAUUAACACAUGAGGAUACAGGAGACGAGAUGGAUAGCUACAUGUAUCAGACAGUUGGUCAUGAGGUUGUCCCAGUCGUAGCAGAGGCUCUUGGUGUACCUCUAUAUAAACAGGUAGAGACUAAUGAUCUUGUCUAUCAUCAUGAAACUGGGCGUGAUGAUGAGGAUGAAGUUGAAGACCUGUAUGAUCUGCUAGUUACAGUGAAGAGAGCACAUCCAGAGGUUAACGCUGUGAGCUGUGGAGCUAUAUUCUCCGAUUAUCAACGACUUAGAGUCGAGAAUGUCUGUCAGCGUCUAGGAUUGAUGGUGUUAGCAUUCAUGUGGAGGUUACCCCAGGAUAGGCUCCUCAAUUGGAUGAUUGAUACUGGUAUCGAAGCACGCCUAGUGAAAGUAGCAUGUAUGGGAUUGGAUGAGAGACAUCUUGGCCAGACUCUAUCACAACUCAAACCAUAUUUCACCAAGCUACAUAAUCAAUUCGGAUUCCAUGUCUGUGGGGAAGGUGGAGAGUAUGAGACCUUAACGACUGACUGUCCAUUAUACAUCAAUGGCCGUAUUGAACUAGGGGAUACUAGAGUAGUCAAGCACAGUGCUGAUGUAUAUUAUCUCCAGUCAUCCAACCCACAUCUAGAGCCUAAAAAUGAUGCUAUCACCACCGACUGGAAGAAGGCCUGUAAAUCUCUAUCAGUCUUGGAUGGUUUGGAGUACUACGAACAGGAUUAUCCUAGGCUGGAGGAUGAACAUGAGCAUUUUACAAUGCAGGCUCCUGUGUCUACACAGUGUUAUGAGAAUACAGCUAGUCACCAGCAUGCAGCCACUGCAUGUUUGAGGACAUCCUCUACUACUAGUGUAGCCAUGAGUAACUCCAUUGAUGUAUUAUCCGUACCACCAACCACAACCCUCGAGCCCUCAUGUGAGAUCACUAACAUGGAUGUUAUACAACAAUGCAGAUAUGUACUUGAAUACAUCACAGCUACACUAGCACCAUCAUCUGAGUACGAGAUAUUAUACGUAGAGGUACAAGUGUCGGAUAUGAGCUCCUUCGCUGCUGUUAAUGAGGAGUACUGUAAACACUUCCCUGCCGUCAACCCACCCACCCGGUACUGUAUCCAGACUGAUCUACCCCAGGGUAUCCUUAUUCGUUUCCGUAUACUGGCGAUACCCAGUGCUCAGGCAGUAGUGAAUACGUUACACGUACAGUCUAUAUCAACAUGGGCUAUGUCCUGUAUUGGGCCUUAUAGCCAGGCUAAAAGGUUCGAUAAUGGUGGACUCCUAAUGACAGCAGGAGUACUAGGUCUUAUACCCCAUACCAUGUCCCUACCUACUACUGGAUGGCAGUAUGAACUAUGGCUCGCUAUGCGGUCUCUACAUAAGAUAACUAACCUUAUGUCAUCGGAAUACACUGUGUUAGCAACACUAUUUAUAGCAGGAAGGACUCCACUCAUACCAGCUGUACAGCUGGCCGCUAAGUAUCUUAAUGUUGACCCUUCUAGUAUUAUGGGGCUUAGGCUACCUGCUCUACCUAAAGGAGCCUCUGUGGAAGUAUCCCUCAUUAACACUGCUCACAGUACUGAUGCUGCUAUCAAUGUAUCAGUGUACGUUGGUGAAUCGGUCGAAUAUCUACUGGAUGGCCUUGCUCCCUCUAAUGGCGCGUUGUCCCAGUGUACUCCUAGCUUAAUCUAUUAUGAUGUGACUAGGUAUGAGGAGUUAGAUAUCUACGACCAGUUGCCCACUGACAUUAGAAAUUCUACUGCAAUGAUUCCUGUCCGUGAAGCCUGUAUUGGCACAGCACGACAUAGUCUCGUGAUGUUUCGAAAUGAUAUCCGAUAUUGCUAAGCAGUGUGCUCACGCCCUGCUGUAGUUUU